ACAUUGUAAAUCCACUAUACUUCAGUAAAAGUUAAAAAAAAAAAGUGAGAAAAAAGAGUAUCAAAGAAAGAAGGGACAUUGCAUGAAAGCAAGGGAAAGAGGAAGAAAAAACUUAACUAAGGGGAAGCCAGGGGAAGAGGGCUGAGACCCGCUGGCUGUGCCUAGGGUCUUGCAUACACGACCUGGGCUUCCCUCCAGGGUCCUCUUCCAGGACAGCUAGAGCCCAUCUGUCACCCUGGCCUCAGGCUGACUUGAAACAGCAGAAAGAGUGAGGCCCAAGACGCCUGCCCCGGCUCAGAUGGGGCCUGUCCCUGCCAGGCUAGCAAGGAGGUGGCAAGGCGGCCAAGAUUUAACUGAAAGUCCACUGGGUGGCGAUGACCCAGCAGCACCCUCUCUCUGCACAAGGACAGUUGCUGGGUGGCUCAUGUCUUUUCAGAGCCUGUUGCUUUCGUGCCGUGUCCUCCUGCCACUCAGCGUUGCUCCAUGUGUAGCCAUUUGGAGCUCUGUCUAUCCGAGAGAAAAUGGUGUGCGUGUGUGUGUGUGUGUGCGCGCGCGCACGUGCACAGGCUGUACGUACACAUGUGAAGGAGCCUCAGGACUAGUCAUUGAUUUCAGUAAAACCUAUGCUACGUCAGGCAUUUUUACUCAUUUGAUCCUCACUGCAGCCCUGGGGAAUAAUGAUCAUAGGUAUGAUUUUGCAGCUAAGGGAGCCGAGACUGGGCUGCAGAGCAUCUCUAGGACUCGGCUCAUCUACCUUCUCCUCUGUCUCCCGAGGCUGUGGGUCUCAUUCCUAAGGCUGCCCCCUCCAGGCUGCUGCUCUGUGGGUGCCUCCACUUCCUCUAGAGGUUGUGAAGACACACGCACCAGGCCUGUCACCAGGCCCGUCGAGGCUGCAUUGCUAGCGAGUGGCAGGGUGAGGAUUUAUAGCAGGCCUUCUGACCCAGGCCUUCUGCCGCACCACUGAAAGCAUAGCCAGUGCCCGGGAGCGAGGUGACUUCCUGUGACACAUUCUCCUCCCCCCAGGGCUUUCCGGGUGACACCCCCCCCCUCCAGUACCUCCCCAUGCCCUUGUGGAAAAUGAGCCUUGCUGUCUUGACCAAGGUCACCCAGCAAGGGUGGAGCUGAGACCCAGAUCCGGUCACUGUGGCUCCUGGGGCCCCCACCCCCAGAACGUGAAGCUCUGCAUCCUUGGCAGAUUUGGGAACUUGUCAGACUUGGAAAGACAAGAACAGACUCCGGGGAGGGGGGGAACCUCUGUCCUGCUGGCGUGCGUGGCAGACGCCCUCCUGGUUCCUGUGGGUCCCUUUUCUCCUGCAGGACUGGUUCACCCUGAGCUCUAUCUGCCUUUUUCCUGCUCUUCAGUUAUUGUCCUGAUGGGAGGGGAGCUGCAUCUUCUCUUUCGGGAGAUGCCAGGCACCGUGUUGGCAGUGAUCCUCCUCAGGGUCUAAUGGUGGUGCAGUGAGGCCUUGAAGGAACCUCUUGUUGGUGCUUCUGAGCCUUUACGGUCCCAGGAAGAGAGAGGGAAAGCUUGUGAGAUGUCUCGAGGGUCCCAGGGCUCAGCUCACUCAGCCCCCUCCUCGCCCCUGCGUCCCUGUUGCCACCGUCUUCUCUCUCCCCCUGCCCCUGUUUUGCUUGUAGGGAAAGCUUGCCCAUCUGAGCUUGGUGGAGCCUAGAAAGGAGGGGGCGGAGGAGGGAUGUCUUGAGUGUGCAAAGACCAGGGUGCCUCCAUGGCUGCCUAGGACAGACCACAGCAGAUGGACUGCCUUCUGUCGCAGCUCAAUGAGAUAGAGCAGGCAGUCACUCCACAGCCGUGCCUACUAGAGAGGGCCAGUCUUAUGCACAGUGAAGGGUCUGGAUGAGUUAAGAUCUGAUCCCUGCCUUCCUAGAGGCAGUAAGACCUGAGACUUGUUUAUGCAAGAGGAACAGUGCACAGGGCCCGAACCACAGAAGGGAGGUCAUCUAUAGACACGGGGUGCUGCCACUCCUGACCCCAUGUGCCCCUGAUUGCACGUGCUUGAAAUUGCCAGAAAUUGGGACCUGUGUCAUGUGAUCUUCCUGGGCUCCUGUCCUCACACACCCCAAGUCAUCAGCCACCAUAAAUGUUUGUAAAGUUUCCACGAGCCUGGGGUGUGGGGACUCCUGAUCUUGGUGUUUUGGCUGAGGUGCCCUGGCAUUGGGCCCUAGAGAUAGCACUGGACCCUUAUCUCUCUGCACCUUCUUGAACUUGGGGCCGCCCCGUCAGCAUGAUCCACACCAACACUUAGUAUUUAAGCCCUGAGCCCCUUGCCAGGCUCAAGUGGGUGCAGAUCUGCGACGUCUUUGACUGUGGGAAGCUGCCAUUAGAGAGACCCCGUGGGGAGCCCUGAACUCUGCCGGCCACCCUGGCGUCCUCCUCAUAGCUUGUCUUUCUCGACUGUGGCCCUCUGGCCCCCUCUGCUGGCCACUCACAGGAUUUCUUGCCAGGAUGUUCAAGAUGAAGUCCAAGGAGGAAGAGACUGCUGUCGACAAAGGGGACCUUGUAGCCCUGAGCCUCCCUGGUGGCCCCGGCCAUGGUGACACCGACGGCCCCAUCAGCCUGGACGUGCCGGACGGGGCCCCGGACCCCCAGCGGACCAAGGCCGCCAUCGACCACCUGCACCAGAAGAUCCUGAAGAUCACUGAGCAGAUCAAGAUCGAGCAGGAGGCGCGGGACGACAACGUGGCAGAGUACCUGAAGCUGGCCAACAACGCCGACAAGCAGCAGGUGUCCCGCAUCAAGCAGGUGUUCGAGAAGAAGAACCAGAAGUCGGCCCAGACCAUCGCCCAGCUGCACAAGAAGCUGGAGCACUACCGCCGGCGCCUGAAGGAGAUCGAGCAGAACGGGCCGUCGCGGCAGCCCAAGGACGUGCUGCGGGACAUGCAGCAGGGCCUAAAGGACGUGGGCGCCAACAUGCGAGCCGGCAUCAGCGGCUUUGGGGGCGGCGUGGUGGAGGGUGUCAAGGGCAGCCUCUCGGGCCUCUCGCAGGCCACCCACACCGCUGUGGUGUCCAAGCCCCGGGAGUUCGCCAGCCUCAUCCGCAACAAGUUUGGCAGUGCCGAUAACAUCGCCCACCUGAAGGACCCUCUGGACGACGGGCCCCCCGAGGAAGCGGCCCGGGCGCUGAGCGGCAGCGCCACGCUAGUGUCCAGCCCCAAGUAUGGCAGCGAUGACGAGUGCUCCAGUGCCAGUGCCAGCUCGGCCGGGGCGGGCAGCAACUCGGGGGCAGGGCCCGCCGCGGCGCUGGGGAGCCCCAAGUCCAACAUGCUGUAUGGAGCCCCUGGGAACCUGGACGCCCUGCUGGAGGAGCUGCGGGAGAUCAAGGAGGGCCAGUCCCACCUGGAGGACUCGAUGGAGGACCUGAAGGCUCAGCUCCAGAGGGACUACACCUACAUGACCCAGUGCCUGCAGGAGGAGCGCUACAGGUACGAGCGGCUGGAGGAGCAGCUCAACGACCUGACCGAGCUUCACCAGAAUGAGAUGACCAACCUGAAGCAGGAGCUGGCCAGCAUGGAGGAGAAGGUGGCCUACCAGUCCUAUGAGAGGGCCCGGGACAUCCAGGAGGCCGUGGAGUCCUGCCUGACCCGGGUCACCAAGCUGGAGCUGCAGCAGCAACAGCAGCAGGUGGUGCAGCUGGAGGGCGUGGAGAACGCCAACGCGCGGGCGCUGCUGGGCAAGUUCAUCAACGUGAUCCUGGCGCUCAUGGCCGUGCUGCUGGUGUUCGUGUCCACCAUCGCCAACUUCAUCACGCCCCUCAUGAAGACCCGCCUGCGCAUCACCAGCACCGCCCUCCUGGUCCUCGUCCUCUUCCUCCUCUGGAAGCACUGGGACUCCCUCACCUACCUCCUGGAGCACGUGCUGCUGCCCAGCUGAGCGGCGGCCUGUCCCGACCCUGUGCGGUCCCCGGCGCCCAGCUGGCCAUGCUUCCCCGCGGGGGGGACCCUGGGGCUCCGGAGUCCCUGGGACUUCUUCCUGUGUCCAGUUUGGCCUCCUGCCCAAACUGUCCAUUCCAGCUCCGUCUGCCCCCUUCUCUGUUCUUGCUUUCUUCGGUCCGAUGCCUUCUGUCCCUGUUGGCCUGAAGGGAGCCUCCAGGGUCACCCCGGCUGGAGGCGGCAGGGACGUCCGUGACCAAAUAGAGCAGGGGACACCCUGAUGGACUGUUUUGAUUAAAUUUAUAGUCACACGAUGAUUUCUCCCAGCUGACACAGAUGACAUGGUUCAGGAAGGCCAAUGAGCAUGGGGACAGGGGAGGGCCAUGCCUCAGCUUCCCUGGGGGAGAGGCUGGCAGCUCCUGUUCCCUCCUCCAGAGCUGUUUGAGGCUGGAUAGUGGGUUGGGCCCUUCUGGGAUCUGAAGGAGGCAGGCAGGCUCUCGGGAGGCUGGGUGGGCAUGGCUUUGGAUUCGUGUUUUCUCUGGAGUUCUUUCUGCCUGUCCCUGGAUCUGCUCUUUUCAGGGAAAGAGGCCCGAGGGGCCCCCAGCCUCAGCCCAAGCCCUUAAGGUUCUAUUUAUUUUAUUUAUUUAUUUAUUCGUUCCUUUGGACCGGAUCCCCCUGAGCUCCAGGGAGAGGGCCCCGCCCUCACCCCGUCCUCUCUCUGAAGCCAGGGCUGCUUCUUGGCUUGUCAGGCACUUCCAUCCCACUUAGCUCUGGAUCAUCCUGGCUGCGAGAAGUGGGGGCAGGGCCAGCCGGCUCCACCUUCCCAGGCAGCCCCUCGGCCUCUUUUAUACGUCUAUUUAUUUGGUAUGUGUGUGUUUGUGUGGGGGAGGUUGUUUGUUGCUUUAUUUUUUUAAGGCUCUGGAGUGUUGUGUAUGGUUUCUCUUCCCUUCCCAGCCUCCCCGAGGGCGCUUCCAAGAAGAGGGGGGGCUUCUCGGAAAAGGAGAAAGAAAUCCCCUUGGAGCAGGGGAGGGCAGGGCCUGCCAGCUAUUGUGGACCUUCCCGAGAAAUAAAUACCCUCUAAAUUUUCAAACCAU